CAGUGUUUGGCCUUCGGAAAUUGAAACCAAGCAGUAAAACUUCACUCUCACUCCAAAUCAUGCAAUCUUCAGUUCAUCAUACACCGCGGCUCCUCCGCCUCCGUCUCAAGGCCAAAUGCUUCCACGCCUCCCAAUCCACACCCCUUUCCUUCGUCUCUAAAACCGCCGCCCCACCAACCUCCCAAAUCCUCAACAUCCGCAAGUCCCUCUUAGCCGGCGAGACCUCAGCAGUGGAGAUAGCUCAGACCUUCCUCUCCCGCCUUCGACGCACAGAACCCCACCUCAAGAGCUUCCUCCACGUCUCCGAUACGGUCCUGAGGGAGGCCGAGGAGAUCGACAGGAAGAUUUCGAACAGGGAGGAGGUGGGCCCGCUUGCUGGGGUUUUGGUUGCCGUAAAGGAUAAUAUUUGUACCUCGGAUAUGCCCUCGACUGCAGGGUCGAAGAUAUUGGAGAAUUAUCGGCCCCCUUUCGAUGCUACUGCCGUGAGAAAGGUGAGGGAAUGCGGCGGCAUUGUGGUGGGUAAGACUAAUAUGGAUGAGUUUGGCAUGGGGAGUACUACUGAAGGCUCUGCUUAUCAGGUGACAUCAAACCCUUGGGAUAUGACCAGAGUGCCAGGAGGUUCUUCAGGGGGAUCAGCAGCUGCUGUGUCGGCUAGGCAGUGUGUGGUAUCCCUAGGAAGUGAUACGGGUGGGAGUGUUAGACAGCCUGCAUCUUUUUGUGGCGUCGUUGGCCUAAAACCAACAUAUGGCUGUGUCUCAAGAUAUGGGCUUGUUGCAUAUGCAUCUUCUCUUGAUGUCAUUGGAUGCUUUGGCUCGUCAGUAGCUGAUGCAGGGAUUCUCCUCCACCUAAUUUCUGGUCAUGAUAAGUUUGAUGCAACAAGUAGCAAACGAGAAGUUCCUGUCUAUAUUUCCCAAUUUCUUUCUGAAGAUAUUAUGGAAUCAAAACCCCUAAAAGGAUUGAGAGUUGGUAUGAUCCGGGAAACAAUGGAGGGUGGUGUUGACCAUGAAGUGAUUUCUUCAAUUCGUGGCGCUGCGAAUCAUCUGGAGGAACUAGGGUGCACUGUGACAGAGGUCUCCAUGCCAUCCUUUCAUCUUGGGUUACCAGCUUACUACAUACUUGCGUCAUCUGAAUCUUCUUCAAACUUAUCUCGUUAUGAUUCUAUUAGGUAUGGGAAACGAGCUGUUGCAGAUGAGCUUAAUUCCUUGUAUGGGGAAUCCCGCGCUAAAGGCUUUGGUUCUGAGGUCAAAAUGAGAGUUCUAAUGGGAACAUAUGCACUAUCAGCUGGUUAUUAUGAUGCAUACUACAAGCGAGCUCAGCAGGUGAGGACAUUGUUAAGGGACAAUUUUAGGGAAGCAUUGGACAAUAAUGAUAUCCUAAUUUCACCAGCAGCGCCAUCUGCAGCUUAUAAAAUUGGUGAAAAGAAGGAUGAUCCCUUGGCAAUGUAUGCUGGUGAUAUCAUGACUGUUAAUGUUAACCUAGCAGGGCUUCCUGCAUUAGUUCUGCCCUGUGGAUUUGUCAACGGUGGGUCUGUGGGGCUUCCUGUUGGCAUUCAGAUGAUUGGUGCUGCAUUUGAUGAGGGGAAACUUCUUAGAGUGGGACACGUCUUUGAACAAACACUCAAAGGAAGCGGUUUUAUUCCUCCUCUCGUGGCAGAUGAGUUUCCAUAGUAGCCAAAUAUUGCAGCUCACAAUCGGAAUUGCCCUAACUGAGAUGAGGGAUCUUGCUAUGAAGCUCUCUUUCAGCAGUGGCUUUGUCUGCCCAUCUCAUAGUGUCUUUUAAGGAUGGUACAAUAUUGCAGCUCACAAUCGGAAAUCCGAGCUUCUAAAUUGGUACCAAGGAUGGUAAAUUGGCAUGCUAAGUUAUGCAUUUGUGUCUUGGGAAUGUUGUUCCGUAGGUUAAGCAUUUUAGUUCAAUUGCAAUUGAUAUUGUUCCAUAUAAAACCACCUCUAAUGUAAAGAUGUGCACGGUGUACACAUGAGUACAUGACAUUGGAGAAAUAAAUAUAUAUAAAUAAAUCAUUGAGCUAAAUGUGUAUGAUUAUGAUCUA